GGCCUCGUAACAAACAAGAUGCCCAAGUUGAUGCUUUGAUGGCCUUCAUUUUGGAAACCAGCACUACACAAUUUUUUUAUGCAGAUGCUCUUUUGAAGACUCAUUCCAAAUCCAUGGUAGCACACGAAAUCAUGGAUUCGAAGAAAUACAAGUGCGUGGUCUAUUAUGAUGACAAAGAAAAUGUGAUCGCUUAUCAAAUGGACACUGGCAGACUUGGGACUGAUUUGCCUGCAGAGGGCCAAUUCGAGUUCCUUGAAACCAAGCACAAUUUGAAAAACGAGGAUAUUUUCUUGUAUCUUGACCAGGCCCAUUGCUUUGGGACCAAUAUCGAUGUCAAAAAUCCAUCUGCCGUUUGCGCAGUUACUUUUUCGACGCUUGUUUCCACAAAAUGCUUUUAUCAAGCGCUCUUGAGAGCCCGAAAGCUAUUUAAUGGAAUUUCGACUCUUAGUCCGUCGACUCGGUCUAAAAAAUAUCCACGGCACCAGAUUAAGAUUUUUGUCUCUUCAAUCCUGCAAGAUGACCAAAAUAUACUUUCGACGCUCAGUGCAAAUGAUAACCAAGAAUUGACAUCAAAAAUCAACCUUUUUUCAGAGGUCAUAAAGUCUGAUAAAAAAGCUGCUUUGAAAACAAUUUUUACUUGUGCCCAUUUGAACCAGCUCAAGAUGGAUCGUAAAGAAAGAGUCCUUUUACGAUGGCAAGUAUUUUUUUUGACGAUUUUGAAGAUCCUUUGGUCUCCCACAUAUCCUGCAGGCAAUCAAAUUCCCAACUGGGACAGGGUUCUCAAUCUGAACGCUCCAACGUCUAUCAAUCAGUUUAAAUGGAUCUUUUUUUCUGCAAGUGGUAUUUCAAAGUCCGAAAUUUUGAAAUUCUUUCAAGCUAGCCAGACAGGGGCGACAUUU